AAACGCUGGUUCUUUCGUAGCCGCCUCUUCGUUUGCCAGUCGAAGUCACUUGACAAGAACGCUGCUGCUGAAAUCUUCAUUGGCUGGCCGUCGGGAGCGAAAAGAGGCGUGAUACGCACACGGAGCGCUGGUUGGCUAGUGACUUUUUGAGGUGGAACGCACAGGGGGCAUUUCCUGUUGCCUGAGCUGAGUGAGGCACAUUGUGGGUCCCACUCGUGACUUUAGCGGUGGGUUCUGACCACCUAGAGGCAGGUUGUUGUCUGGCACGAUAGAGUGGGCUCAGGAGGGGAGCGGUCUUGCUGUAGGAGUAGAAGACCCCCUGAGGGAGGGAGUAAAGAGGCAUGGACAGUAAGCAUGAGGCCUUAUCCUGGAGGAGGGUAGUGCUUGUAGGCCUGGAGUAAGUGGUCAGUCCUGCAGGGACAGCUGAGGGACCAGCGCACAGGGAAGCAAGGUUAGUCCUGGAGGGACCACCAUCGGCACAAAAGGCUUCAAUUUGGAGGGUCAGUUAUUUCUACAAGAGGCCAUUGUUUAUUACAUGGACAGCAAACUGACAUCUAUAGUCCUGUAGAAGCCCCAGUCCUGGAGGGACCAUCAUUGGCACAAAAGGUCAGUUGAGUCCUGGCAGGUCCAGCCUUUCUGUAAGGGACCAGUGUGAUUUCAGGGACUACUGACCAAUGUUUAUUAGACAGCAGACCCGAAGGGACCAUAAUUAGCACAAAAGGUCAUUAUUUGGCGGAUCCUUCUGUAAGAAUCUCUUUUUUUUUCAGGGACUGCCGCUUGACUAUCAUAAAUUGUACUGUAGAAAAUUUAGUCCUGGAAGAAAUUCUAUAAUAAUAAUAAAAAGACUAAAACCUGGAGGGUCACCAUUCACUUUAAAUGUUCUAAUGCUCAGGAAGCAUAAAAGGUAGAAUAGAAUAACAUUGAAAGUCACCAAUUUUAGCAUUUAUUUUUUAAAGCUGAUUAUUACCAGGAGCUCCACAAUCUUGUAGGUCAUACAAUCUUUGACAGGAAACCCUGUAAAAUUGCUAAGCCGCGCUUAAGAAAUCAAUAAAUGGGACGAAAUCUGGAACAUCCUUUCUUGGUAUAGAAAUUCCUCUCCACAUAAGAAUUCUAGAAAUAGUACACAGGGCCUGGAUUACCUUUUAUUAUUUAUAUUGACAUUCAGUUAGGGCCUAACCAAGAAAAUUAUUGAGAACUUGGAGAGGUUUUGGCACUGUCUGGAUCUCUUGGAAGAGGCAUUGCCGUCAUCUAUAGUUUGCCGGGAGCCGUGUUUGUGUUUGUGUGUUUUUUCUUUUUAACGAAAGUUAAAAAUGCCUCGCAAGAAGCCGUUUAGCUCCAAGCAGAAGAAGAAGCAGCUGCAAGACAAAAGAGAGCGGAAGAGAGGACCACUAGAAGCUGGACGAUCUGAGUCGAACAGUCGAAGCCAGAGCAGGGAACGGAGAGAGGAAAAUACUGACACCUCCGACAGCGAGAGCUUCCGUCCCCAAGUAAGACGUCUCAACCAGCAGCCACAGGUUUCAAAACCUGGAGAAAAAGACUAUGACCCCAACAGGUAUCGACUUCAGUUUGAGAAAGAUAGCAAAGAUGAAAUUGAACGGAGGAAGAAAAUUGCACAGGAAAAAAUUCUGGAAUCUGUUCCAGAAACCGAACUGGAAGUUGAUAUAAUGAAAAUUUACAGACCUGGAUCAGUGUUGGACUUCCCAAAACGACCAGCCUGGAAUUACGACAUGAGCAAAGAGACUGUGCUAUCACAGGAGGAGAAGUCCUUUAGAGAUUAUCUCCAGAAGAUCUACGAGAAUCACAACCCUCGAGAUCUCAGCUACUUCGAUCACAACCUGGAGACCUGGCGUCAGCUCUGGAGAGUUCUAGAGAUGUCAGACAUUAUCCUGCUGAUUACAGACAUCCGUCACCCGGUGCUGCAUUUCUCUCCGGCUCUGUAUGACUAUGUGACUGCAGACCUUGAAAGGGCUCUGAUCGUCGUUCUCAAUAAGACGGAUCUGGCCCCUCCAUCGCUGGUGGUGGCCUGGAAACAUUAUUUUCAGGAGAUGUUUCCUCAUGUUCAUGUCAUUUGUUUCACAUCCUAUCCCAGACAUCCAGAGGAAGAGCAGGACCCCUCCGCAGUGUUUAAGAAGCGUAGAAAGAGACGUCGAGGUUGGAAUGUAGCUUUGGGCCCCAAUCAGUUGCUGCAAGCUUGUGAGGUCAUCACAUCUGGGAAAGUUGAUCUUUCUAGCUGGAGAGAGAAGAUUGAGAGAGACACUGCAGCACUGUGCCGUCCUGGUAGCAAAAAUGAUGACCACAAGGAAUCUGAUGAUGGCGAUGCUGUUCUGGCUCAGCAAGUCACUGAUGCAGAGUUGGGAGCCCCCAGCACAGAGCGCUACAAGGACGGCGUAUUGACCAUCGGCUGUGUAGGAUUCCCAAACGUAGGGAAGUCGUCAUUAAUCAAUGGUCUUGUGGGCAGGAAGAUUGUCAGUGUUUCUCGGACCCCUGGUCACACCAAAUACUUCCAGACCUAUUUCCUGACACCCACAGUACGCCUUUGUGACUGCCCUGGCCUCAUCUUCCCAUCACUGAUAGAUAAGCAACAGCAGCUGCUUGCUGGCAUAUACCCUAUUGCACAAAUUCAAGAACCUUAUACCUCCGUGGGCUACCUAUCUUGCCGAGUACCUGUACCCAGACUCCUCAAACUGACUUAUCCAGAAGGCGAGAAGGGUUGGACAGCAUGGGGCAUCUGUGAUGCCUGGGCUGAAAAACGUGGAUAUAAAACUGCAAAAGCCGCACGUAAUGAUGCCUACCGAGCUGCCAACAGUUUGCUGCGCCUUGCCGUGGAUGGACGACUUUGUUUAUGCAUGAGGCCUCCAGGCUACUCGUGUCGUAAAGAGGCAUGGGAGCAACACCCAGAUACACUGGAAAUGAUCAAUCAUAUGCAAGCCAGGGCCCGCCCUGACAGUCGAUCCUCCUCCGGUGGCGAGGAAGAGGAGGAGAUCUCUAGCUCGGGGGAGGAAGAAGAAGAGAGAGACCGGGACGCAGAUGAGGAGGAAGAUGCAGAAGAGGAGGAAGGGGACGCCUCUCAGUCUCAUGCCAAAAAAAGUGUCAAAGCAAAAAGUGCUGAUAAUAACCCCUACGCCCUUCUUGGGGAAGAUGAGUGUUAAGUUUUGGAUGUGAGUUUGACCUGGCUAUGCUUCAGAAGAGGACAAACUGUUGGCUUUUGUUUUUUUAAAGCAUCCCGGUAAUUGGCUGUCUGCAGGGGGUUUAAGAAAAAGACCAUUUCGUACAGUUUCUUUUGGAAAGCUGAUAACGUAUGCUCCAUUAUUGCUUUUUCUGCACUCCAAACUUACACAAAGAUUGGCGAAAUGGAUUAUAGUGUUUUUUUUUUUUUUGUAUUUUGACGGGUUUGAAAUGUUACAUUCCUCACAUUUUGGUUGGUCAUUCCCUUGCAUUUAUUUUUUUGGCAAAAUAGUAGGGUUUACCUAAUAGCCAUGGGUGUAUUUACAACAACUGUGCUUGGAGCCACAGGAUUUCUAAAUACAAGCCUGCUAUCGGCAUAUGGGAUUGCAGUGAUGGGUAACUGAACCGGGGCCUCUUUGCACUGGGUGAUUUAAAAAAAAAAAUUCCUGCAUAGUUUAAAUGCACGUAUGUGAGACAAUCCUAUGUUUUCAAUGGGGCAUGUUCACCCCAAUACCUUUCAUCAAUGUCUGUUGAAAAGGGUUUUUUUUCUUGCUGCAUUUUCAGCACGUCAGUCUGCCUUCUCCCCGUGCAAGUCCAUGAAAUACACUCCGAAUCAUACUUCUAAUCGUGCAUGCUAAAAUGUAUGUGUCCUGUGUGUUGCAAGCCUUAAGCUUCGCCAUACAUUAUACAAUUUUCUUUAGAUUUAUCCGCAACUAGGUAGUGCAAGGGCCUGCCUGAUUGCAUACCAUAUUGAAAACGUUUUAGGUGUGACCUCAUAUUGUAUGGUUUUGGUAAAUCUAAAGGAAAGUUGUAUAAUGUACUGUAUGGCUAGCCUUAGGGAUUCCCCCUGUCAUUGCCUGUGCAUUGUAGAUGGCAGAUCAGUAGUUAUGAUAAUGGACCUCUUGCCUAUGUAAAAAAAAAUACUAGUCUCGCCACCCGGGUUAACCAAUCAGAUUCUCCCUAGCACUCCAAUCGAAACGUGAAAGGAAUAAUUUGAUUGGUUCCCUUUUGGCAAGAACUGUACCUAGUUUAAAGUCAAAAUCUUUUAAACCUUCUUUUUUUUUUUUUUUUAAAGGCUUUUGAAAGAGAAUGGCAGAGCUAUUAGAAAUUCUUAUUCACCUAAUCAGUGAUCUAGAAAAUUAGACCUAAACCUAUUUGCAUUCCCAAGUCCAAUGCCCUUGGGGCCCAUUCGUUCACCAGCAUAACAAUUUCUUUCAGUGAGAGCUUCGUAAUCUUUUGUUAACGACAAGUUACCAAAUUUGAGGGGUCGUCUCUAAACUGAGGAUGAAGUCCGCAAUACGUAAGGUAUUUGGGUGUACUAUGAGAGGGCUAAGCUGCAUUCUUUAGGCUACAUUGUGUAUCGCUUGUGCUUUUUUGCUUAACCAUGCUUUGAUGGAGAGAUUGGGGGACCAAUAUGCUCAAAAAAAAAAAAAAAUGAAUGUGUAUUUUUUUUUCCUGACACAAUUCAGUCUGAAAACUGACUAAUGUUCAUCUCCCACAAAUGAAGCUGUAGGAGUUUGAUGGACCAAAUUCCAUGAAUCUUCGGGUAUUUUGGUGCUGAUGGACUUGGGGUGCAUGGCAUGUGGAGUUGUAUAGCAUACACAAAAAAAUUGCAAGUAACUGAAUUUUUGCAGUGUUGGAGGGAAUUGGUCACAUGCUCAUGGUAAGCUUAUAGUAUAUGAGUGAGGCCUGCAAAAUAUUCCACAAGAGUGACAGCCCUACCUCAUAUCUGGUACUCCCUCUUGCCUCAAGCUUGCAAGGCCUGUUUAACCAAUUUCUUUGUUUUCAUGGCUUCAGAUGUCUAUUUUGCGGUAUACAAAAUAAAUACAACUAUAUUUACUGAA